CUUAGUUUAAUGUUUAAGCGAGUUCUGGAUCCAAGCAAUCGGUUUGCUCUUCUUCAAAAGAGAAAAAAAAAACCCAAACGUAACCCUAAUUUUGUUCUAUAUAUACUAACCACACAAGCGCACACACAACACAGCGACUAGAUUUUUGCACUCCUCAAUAUGCCCUUCAUUUGCUUCUCAAUUCUCUGCUGAUCCGUCACAACAAAGAUUUGAAUUGAGAAUUUCACCGAGACCUCGUUCGUAGUUUUUUGGUAGAAAGGAUCUUGAAAUUGAUGGCGGUUCCAUAUUCAAACUGCUUUCAACUGCCAAAAGUUCGUUCAAAUUACGGUCUUGUUAGCUCCUCCAGUGGGCUCUGUACUCGCUUCAAUCCUGUAUAUGCUUGUGUUGGAGCGUCCAACCCAGCUUCACAUUUAGAAGCGAAGGUUGAUCCCUUUUUGAAUAGUGUCAAAUGGGAUGACAAAGGUUUGGCAGUGGUGAUUGCUCAAAAUGUGGACACAGGAGCUGUUUUAAUGCAAGGUUUUGCUAAUAGAGAAGCCCUUUUGAAGACGUUUUCCUCCAGGAAGGCAACAUUUUAUAGCCGGUCUAGGUCAACUUUGUGGACAAAAGGAGAGACCUCGAUGAAUUUCAUCAAUGUGUGUGACAUCUUUAUUGAUUGUGACCGUGAUUCUAUAAUAUAUCUUGGGAAGCCUGAUGGACCAACUUGUCACACUGGAGCAGAGACUUGCUAUUAUACAUCAGUUGAUGAAGUUCUAAAUGAUUCACAGGUUGAUGGGAAUAAACUUGCUUUAACAACUUUGUACUCAUUAGAGUCAACUAUAUCAAAAAGAAAAGACGAAUUGUCUGGAGAUGCAGAUGGAAAGUCAUCCUGGACUAAACGUUUGUUGCUUGAUGAGAAGUUACUGUGCUCAAAAAUCAGGGAGGAGGCAGAUGAGUUGUGCUGGACACUUGAGGAAAAUGAGGAUAAAUCGAGGACUGCCUCGGAAAUGGCUGAUGUGCUCUAUCACGCCAUGGUUUUAUUGAACCUCAAAGGGGUCAAAGUUGAAGAUGUUCUUCAAGUUCUUCGAUUAAGAUUCUCGCAAUCUGGCAUCCAAGAAAAGAGCAGCCGAAAACUGAAGUGAAGGCCUAAUUUUUUUUUUCAAUGUUCAUUUUUUUCUUACCCCCACAUGCUUAAUUUGCUCUUUGACAAAAUCGAUCACUACAGCUAGGAAUGUUCUAUAUAAUGAAGACUUUGGGUUUUUUUAUUUUAUUUUAUUUUAU